AUGAAUACAGCUGCAGGAAGUGUCGUAUUGGAUAAUAAUUCCAUCACAGGAGGAAUACCUGCAGGAAGUAAUUAUGAAAAUGCUUCAUCUCAUCAUGGAGGAGCAUUAACAACAACAACAGAUGAACCAGUACUAAAUGAAACUCAUCAUCACACCAAUAACAAUCAUCGGAAGAGUCAGAGUUUUGGAGGAACACCAAUUACAAUAGUGCCACCAACCAUUCUGACUAAACCUAGCAAUAAGAGGGAUAUUACAACAACUCCUGUUGAUGGUCAGGAAUUAGACGAAUUAGACGAUGAUAAUACUGUUUCAGGUGUUGCACCUGGUGCAGACACUAGCAAACAUGCCUAUUGUACUCCUAGAAGAGCUAUUGUGAAUUGUCAAAACUUGGAAGUAAUUUCAGAAAAACUAAAGAAUCGUAAAUUGAGAAUUUGUGUAUAUAUUAAGGAAAGAGUUUAUAAGAGAAGAAAGACAUUGAAAUCCUCAAUUAUAGAUGUACCAACUUUGAAGAAUCAGGCAAAUAUAGCUGCCGAUCAAUCACUACAAGUGCCACUGAAUAACAUUUCCUUCAAACUGAAAUAUUCACAUCACUUUAAAAAGAAGAUUGACAUUUUGAGAAUUUCUCUACAAUCAGCCAAGAAAAAGGGUGAUUCUUUUAAAACUAUUUCAAUAGUUUCUAUUAAUUUAUUACACGUUUUGCAGAGACCUUUUGAUGAAACUGUUUCCUUCCUCAUCAAAAAGAAAAAGAAGAAGCAAGGAAAAGAGGAAGGAGGUGAAAACAGUCCCAAUCAAAAUAAUUUAAACAAUACCCCAAAUCAUACACUCUUCAAUACUAAUAGUGCCAUUUUACAUUACUUGUCAAGUGACGAUGAAGAUGAAGAAAAAGAAAGAUAUCACAACCACCAAACACAUCAAACUUCUCAAAAUCUAGAUCCUGUUGCUAAUCUAAAGGUUUCUAUUCAAACUUUGCCAAUAUCAUUGACAGAGGAAAGAAAAAAGAAAAAGAAAUUCCCAUUCUUGGGAAAGAAGGAAAGCACAAAUCCAAAUGGUAUUGUGCCAGUUAUGGAAUCGUAUGAAUAUGAUUUUACAGAUGAUGAUGAUGAAACAGAUGAUGAUAGUGAUAUUGAGUAUGAGUAUGCAACUGGUUUACAACCAGGCACUGAUAUUCCAGCAUCACCAAUUAAUAAUCCAAUUUCUUCUCCAAUGGCCGAUAAAUCAAGUAUACUGAAAGAGGAUAAAACUCUAAAAGCAGUGAUUGGAAUCAAAGACAAUAUUAUGAAAAAGUGGAAAUCAUUCAAAAAGAAAGGACAUCAUAAUGACUCUGAUCAUGAACCAACAUCACCCAGAGGUGCAGCUGCAAGCUCUGAAAACCCAACACAAAUUACCAUCAAAAUUGAUAGAAUUCCAAUACAAGAACAACUCAAGGAGCUUUUAUCCAACAAGACAAUUGUAAAGAAAAUUAUAUUAAUUAAUGGCAGUUUUAGAAGAGGACAAAGGAUUUGGAGCUUUUUGAAACGAACUGGUGGAUUAUAUUCAAAAGAUAUUUUAUGUACAUAUUCAUGUGAAGAUGUAGCUUUGGCUAUUAACAAGAUAUUUGAAAGCAAUGCAGAGAGAAGGUAUGUCAGUGACCAAGAAAAUAAUGAAACAAAAAUUGUUAUUCUUGGUAACGAUGCCUAUGUAAAUGAUGUUUUAAGAGCAUGUCUUACAUUGACAACAGAUGAAAAGGUUUGGAAUCAAAUUCUCUUCUACCUGGUUCCAAUACCUUCUAAGAAAGGAGAGGAGGUUCUCCACCGAUCAAGGAAUGAAGUUUCUAAUUACCUGUAUGCUAAAUGCACCAAAUAUGCCCAACUUUUCUCAACAGAUGACUGGAGAAGAGCUCUCUGCUAUUCAGUUGAUGUAGAGGAUUAUGUAGAACAUGUUUUAUUUGAGUAUUUGGAGAAUGCUAGUCGUUUUGUUACGAUAGAAAUUUCACAAGUAAUUUUAAUGAGCGAUUUGUCGACCCCAAACGCCUAUCUUUAUCCUCACACCAGUCGAGUAAUUGAUUCAGAGACAGCACCAUCUUCUCCAUCUGAAUUGAUUCUCAACCAACAGUGUAUUGUACCAUUACUAAAUAAUAUUCACAUCAUGAAUGAACACCAUGAACAAAAAAAGAAGAAUAUUCUCCUAAAACUAGUUCAAAAUCUCAAUAAGGAAGAUGAAAAGGAUCCAAAAGAAAAAUCCCACAAGAAGGAGAUUAUUGAUAAGUCCAACAAUCCACCUUCAGCUGCUCAAGUUUUAUCUACAAGUCCCCAAAUUUCUAAUUUACAAAAGAGAUUGAGUGUGGAAAAUGAUGAAGAUUCAUCAGAUGAAGGAGAGGAUGGUAAACUUGAAAAAGUUCCAUCUCUGGAAGUUAAAAUUGACUAUUGGGAUGCUAGUCUCGAAGAUAAAAGCAAAUGCACAACCAAACAUUCCUUCUCUCACGUCGAAAUAUUCAAGUUGCCAUCCACAGACCUUCCUGAUGAAUUCCAACCAAAACCAGAAACCUUUACUCUUUCCACCAGCAAACCUAAAAAGAAAAAGAAACAACCAAACGAGGAAAUUGAAAGAAAAUGCAAUCUUACCAAAGUAAUUUGUAAAGUAGAAAAAAAGAAGCAAACAGCAAGAGCAGUCAUUGAUGGUGUAGAAUGGUCGAAUGUUAAGGUUAUUUCAGUAACUCCCAAAUGGGUUAACAAUUUGAGUUUCAAAGUAGCAUCCUUCAAAUAA